AUGGGUCUUCUGUGUCCUUUCAAGUCCUCUCUGAUCUCCACCUUGAGAGUAACCAGCAGUAUCCAUCUUACGAAAUUCCAGUUUGCAGAAUAUCUUAUUCUUGCAGGUGAUAUUGGGCGCUUAACGGACUAUGAUGACUAUCGCAAUUUCCUACAAAAACAGACAGAUCGAUUCAAAUUGGUAUUUCUCAUACCUGGAAAUCAUGAGUUCUACAAUGGGACUUUCACGGCAGGGCUGGAAAAGGCUAGACAACUUGAACGGGAACCUUCCUUAAAUGGACGAUUACAUGUCCUUCAUCAGAAAUGGUUUGAUAUACCGGGUUCUUGUGUCACUAUCCUAGGCUGCACACUUUGGUCAAAAGUGCCUCAUGAAUUGACGGAUGUCGUCCGGUCAAAGAUCAAAGAUUUCCAAAAAGUCGAAGGCUGGUCAGUCGAUGACCAUAAUGCAAGCAAUGAUUCAGAUCUCGCUUGGUUAAUGAAAGAGAUACAUUUGAUACAUAAGGAAAAUGAAAAGGCAGAAAAGCGGAGUAAAAAGAAAACUAUUCUUGUUGUGACACACCACGCUCCUUUACUCCAGAGGACGUCGAGCCCGCAACACGUCCAGAACCCUUGGAGUGUUGCCUUUGGGACUGAUAUUCUAUCACAAACACCAGAUGGGGUGAAAGUCUGGGUGUUCGGGCACACACAUCAUACCACUGAUUUCAAGGAGGGAGGGAAAACCGUCCAUCCCAAGGCUUUGCGAUAUGCCACUCCCUUCCUAUUCGAGAACGCCAAGCGACGCCAAGACAAACGCCCCUGA